CGUCGCAAUUAAUUGUGUUGCGAAACCACCAGCUCUCGAUUCCUGGCAUAGACUUUCUCUUUCAUCAGUGAGGUUUUGUUCCAUCAGCGGCAUUCGGCAGAGCCACAGCUCAACAUCGGCCGGUGCCCGCCGCAGAGGGUCAAAACUUCGUGAAUAACUCACCUGCCGCGGAGGGUCGUCUCUUAUCAUACAUAGAUAUAUUUGCUUCUACCUCAAUCCAACCUUAUUCCGCUAUCCUCACUGCCUUAGGCCCUCUAUACACACACUUCUCAAUCCAUCAAACCCCUUCUCGCUUACUACUUACAUAUUCGACGCUAUUCAAGAUGACCACACAAGCCCUCCCAGCCAUUUCCACCCUCCCGUCACUUCCUCCUGCAGAAAUAACCGCAAUCCUCGACCUCCUCUUCGAGCCCUCGCCGCCUCUCCAUGAUCUCUCACUCCCGAUCCUGAAAAGCACCACCUUUCCAUCUUACCCUACCCUCAUCGCCGCCAUCAACGCCCUACUGACCGCUCUCGCCUCCUCAACCGCCUCGAAAGACACCGAAACACUGUCAGAGAUCCUCUGCGCACACCCACGGCUCGGCGAGAAGAAAGUGGACUCAGAACAGAGCCGGGCGGAGCAGGCACAGCUGAACAAAGGUGGCCAGGAGGAGGCAGAGGAGCUGAAGAGGUUGAAUAAUGCGUAUGAGGAGACGUUUCCGGGACUGAGAUACGUCGUCUUUGUCGCUGGCCGUCCCCGUCCUGCCAUCAUGGAGAACAUGAAGUCUCGCAUCGCGAGGAACGAUAUCGCUGCGGAGCGGCAAGAUGCUAUACAGGCUAUGUGCGACAUCGCCGCCGAUCGGGCACAGAAACUCUCAAAUUAAUGAAAAUAUGCCGUAUCCUCUACCUCCGAGAAGCUUGCAACGAAAGUAUAAUACAAUGGGAUAGGCGUCUUCAUUCACUUCAGGCACCCCUGGCGUUAUCACGACUGCGACGAGAACGCCGCCUCGUUCACGACAUCUGGAAUAUCAAUACCGACUGCCUGGUAGCAUUCCACCGAUUUUGGCGUGCCCGCCGUCCCGGGUCUCAAGGGCUCCAGGAGCGUCUCCGAUGCCGUUUAUCCCUCCAAAGCCCGACACUUGAUACGCGCCAAGCCUUGCCUCUUUCGUCCAAAGAACGCACAAAACCUCAAACCUCUGACCUCACUAGACCCGUACAAAGCGGCUUAAACCACCAAAAGCCGCAACAAAAACUACUUCAAAUACACACAUCUCAUUCAUUUCUCAAAUAUACACACAAAGUUUCCAUCUCAUCUCCCAGCCAGGCCGCUUUACGCAGCAUUAUGCACCCA